AGGUUUCUGUACGCGGCGCUGGGCACGGCGCUGGGGCGCUGCCGGGGCCGGGAGCUGCUGCGGGCGCAGCUGCGGGAGCUGCUGGAGAGCGGCCGCGGCCACCGCCAGCCCGACAGGGAGGGUCUGGCGUGGUGCUUUGGGAUCUGCGCCCGGAACCAUCUGGAAGAAACUUUGGAGAAAUUGGAGGAGUUCGUGAAAUCCGAGGCGUUCCGGAAAUCCCAGGGGUUGUUCAGCAUCUUCAAGGAGCGCAGCGAGGCCGAGCAGGACAAGCAGCGCGCCGCCAUGUUUCUGCUAUUUGCCCCAUAG